GAAAAACAGCGAUAAGAUUAUGAAACUUAUGUUAGUGAUGUGAAAUUAGUGCUCCAGAACAGUUUUAAACAAAAACGGUACAAAUCCAUCGAGGAAUAUUGAAGUAAAUUGGAUUUAUUUUUUCCAAACGGACAAUUCUAACGUGAGUACGUAGAUUAAAAUUCAUUCGAACCACAUCAACAGCUGGCCCCACCCACACAUUUCGAUAUUAGUAAAUAUAUGAAAUCGCUAGAAUAGACCGAUAUCAGGAUCGCGAUUUCACGCGGAGCAGGUGUAUACCUAUCGGAGAUAUUUUAUUAUCUCGACGGCUAAAACAGAAUGACAGGAAAAUCGAAUGAGGACCUGUUUGCGAUGUUAGAAAAAGUUCUUCAACAAAAUGAUGACAUCAAGAAAGAUAUAAGCAAGUUAAACAAUAACCUAGAGGAUAUACGAGAAGACAUAAAAGAAAUUCGCCAAGAAAAUAAAACCCUGGAAGAAGAAAACAAAAUUCUCAACAAUAAAAUAGAAUCUUUAGAAAAUAAACUGAAGAAAUACAACAUUAUCAUAUACGGUCUGAAAGAAGAGCGGGAAGAAGUUACCCAAAGUGUGGUGGUCAAACUCUUCAGAGAAAAGCUGGAGGAACCCUUUAACGAAACUGAGAUAAGAGAUUGCUAUAGAAUUGGGAAAUCGGAGGGAGAGAAACCUAGGCCAGUUCUCGUCGAGUUUGUUAGAUAUUUUUCGAAAAAAAACAUAUUAGCUAAAUCUAAAACAUUAAAAAAGGAGGAAGGAGUAUUUAUCACAUUGGAUUACACUGCAGCAGAAUAUAAACGAAGAAAAUUAUUACAUAAGCACCUGAAAUCUGCCAGAGAAACGGACCAUUUAGCGUAUAUUAAAAAUAACGUACUUUGUGUGGAUGCAGAGAAAUACACGUAUGAAGACAUCGUCAAAAACAGAAUUCCAAAUUUUAACAACUUAGGAGCAAGCGGAGAAACGGAGAUCAAAGCCAGGAAAGGAGAGAAGAGAACCAACGAGAAUUCACCAGAUAGAGAAACCAUUACCUCCAAACCAAAAGUUUUCAUUUCACAAACUGUACGAACAACUAGGCAGUCAAGAUUGAACUGAGAAAUCAUACUAUAAAGACAUUUAUUCCAAGCAGUUUUUG